AAAAAAAACACUACAAAAAUGGCAGCCAUGAACGAUAAUGUAUAUGCGCGAGUUCGCGAUAAAAUGAGAGAACAAAACUUUUCAGAACAAGAAAUAGAAGCACUUGAUAAUGCUCGUGGACUACUCAAAACUUAUGCGAGAAUCGGAGGCUUCAUGGGAGCAACUGCAGCAUUUUUAAUAGGCAAAAGCAAAAAGUUCAAACCUUUCCCGCUCCUUAUGGUUGCCGGUGGAGGAUUCUUUCUGGGAUCACAAACAGGAUUUCUUACGGGUGUCCUCUCGGGUAUUAAUUCGAUCAAGAGCUUACCCGACCCGCAGCGUCUUAUAAAUAUCAUGAAAGAAGUGCAGAUGGAAGCCGCAAGAGGCAAUAUACAGUCUUUACCUGUUCCACGUCAACCUGUAGUUCAAGAAGCACAAAAUCCUAUGGAUAGCUUUUCGCCAGAUCUACCAGAUUACCAACAAAAUGAAAAAGAAGCAUGGGAAAGUACCAUACCAAAGUCAUUUCAUCAUGACACAGGAGAUACCGUCAUGAUGGAUCCGAGUAUGAAACCAGCACAAGAACAACCUCAACAGAAGAGCUCUUGGGAUAAAAUUCGUGAACAAAAUAUACCAAAUAGCACAUGGGCAAAGAUUCGUAUGGAAGCUCAAAAGAAUUCAACAUCUACAGAUGAUAUAGCCAAGGCAAGAGCAGAAAGAGUAAAGAGGCUCCGUGAGAGCUCAGAAUUCGGUCAAGAAGAAUUACCGCGUACGAGGGAAGAUUACUUUGAACAAAAACGAGCUACACGAAAGAAUCAGUUUGGAGAUGUAUUAGAAUAAUAAUAAUAAAAAAAAAAAGAG